CUGCUGACGUAAAGUAAUAUGUGAACUUUCUAAGAUAGCUCUCAUUGAACGUGCUCCAAAACGUCCUUGAGCUACAUCCCAGAUUCUAUCACACAUAGCGUCAAAAAUGAAUUCGUUAGCCGGCGCUCCGAACUUCAGACAACACUGAACGACAUAAUUACCGAAUUGAUCGAGAAGAAGAGGUGGUGUGAAAGGUCGAAGGUGUUGUACUAUAAGUUCAACCUCUUGUGAAGUUGUAGCACAGUCUAUGAUUUUCUGAGCCGCCCAUGUUCCAUUCUAUGACAUCCAAUCAUAGCUAAGUGAGGUGCAAGUUCAUUAAGCAUGCGCAUUUUAGAUUCAAAUGAACAAAUUUCAAAGAGUUUUUGAAUAAUGGUAUUACCAAUGUAGUCACUAGCGAGGUCAACUAUAUUAUCGAUUAAACCACCUUCUGACAUUGGUUUAGUUGCAAGAAUUUCUGGAUCAUCCGAGAACGGAAAUUGAGAGUUAUCAUCAUCAUACAAUUCUUCAUCUGUACUAGCUCUCCUCUUAUCCUCAUCUUGAUUUUCAAGUUUUUUCCUUAAUUCACGCAACUUUGAGGAAUCAAAUUUACGAAUUGGUUGGUUAUCAAUACCAUUAGUAGCUGGUAAAACUGGCGGUAUAGAUGUAUAGUAAGUUGCAGCAGGUCUAAGCUCAGAAACUGAUCUAAUAUCUUCAUCUCUUGAUUCGUGUCCUGCACUCAAAAUUGACAUGAUCAUUUGUUGAUCAUUUACGCUUGGUCUUUCUUCAGGAUUAACUUGUUCAAGUUUUGGUGAGAUAGAAUUAACAACGCCUUCUUUCGCACCAUUUUGUAACAAGUUAAUCAUUAAAUUUGAUCUGUAAUUUUCUGUUUGACCUGAUGCAAGUUGUUGUUCAAUGGAGAUAUCACUAACGCCUUGAACGCCAACAAGAGAAUGAGCUAAAGCUUGAGGAUGACCACCAUUUGGAGCUGUAGUUGAUGAUGGGAAUAUUAUCGUGUUAGCGCUAUCAUCAAUGCCAGUUGUUUUUACAGGUACUUUAGCAAAUCCAACUCUAACAGCACCAAUCUCUGGACCAAGGAGUUCACGACCAUUAAGUGAUUUUCUAGCUCUUACGGCAUCGUCCAAACGUUCAAAGUUGACGAAACCGCAGUUCUUGUGAGUAAGAACACGAGCUGAUUCGAUAGGGCCAAAUGGUCCAAAAAGUGCUAACAAAGUAGCUGGUGUAGUAGUACUUGGAAUAGAACCAAGCCAUAAAGCACGAGUUGGUUGCUCAGUUGUACCAUCAAAGUUGAUUUGGUUUGACAUAUUGGCUGGAACUUGAACUGGAAGGUUACCACCAGAGGAGUUCAAGAGUGAAGAUGUCGAAGGAGGAUUUUGAGGGGAAUCAAUUUUACCAAACCCUAUUCUGACGGGGGUAGUAGAUGCUGAACCACCAUUUGCAGAUGAAGUAGGUAUUCUACCACCGAGUCUGUGCAUAACGUCAUCUCUUGCUCUAAGAGCAUCGCUCUUUUCUACGAAAUUAACGAAACCACAUUCCUUAUCCGUAAGUAAGCGUAAACUCUCGAUUGCACCGUAUGGGGCAAAGACAUGCAUCAGUUCUUGGGCAGUCGUGCGAGAAUCCAAACCACCAAUCCAGAGAGACCUAGUUGGAACCUGUUGACUUUGAACCUGAUUGAGCGUACUAUAUGGGUCAUCAAGUUGAGAAAGUUCCAAAUCAUAGGAAUUGAAAGAUUGCUGAAGUGGAUGUGGCUGGGCAUCUGGGAAAGGCACACCUGAUCUUGCAGGAGCUCUCAUUACAUCAGGCUCAUCGAGAAUACCCAUAGAGAUAGCUCUCGGACGGGAAGAUUGGCUACUACUGAGACCAUUGAUAAGCGGAUCCUGGGGCUGUGGCUGUGUAGGGAAAGCCUGAAAGUCAGCCAAAGGAUUGCUGUUGAUCAAGUUAGCUGAGCUUGGAUGUAAAUGGUCAGCCGGCGCAGUAAACGAUGACUUGAAUGGGUCUGCAGCUUUCGAAGUUGAUAAAGUAUAAGCUCUCGAUCUUGUUGGUGAAUUAAGUGAUAUUGACUUGGCAAAACCUUGCGGUGGAAUUGAGAGAGUUGGCUUCGGAGAGCUUGGACUCGAAGGCGGGUCGUCGAGCCCGAGAUAGUCAAGCGUGCGCAAACAGGCGUCCUCUGAAGGGAGGUCUGAGGGUCUGCUGACUUCUUCACCGACCGCACCAACUUGUGAGUUCGAGCGCGAGUAGAAGAAUCUACUACCAAAAGGAUCCGCCAACCUCUGAACCGAGGGUGAGGAAGGCGGCAAAGUGAGUGAACCUGAACGCAAUCUUGGUGAUUUUUCUGGCUGUAAGGCAGAAGAAUGUGAGUGUCUUAAACCAGGUCUUUGGGAGUUGUAGUCAAGUGAUUCGAUAGCCGCCGAGGACAAACCAGCCUGUGAGAGGUUGAGAGUUGGGAGAGGUGCUACUGUAGCCAGAUUUGAAGGUAAAGUACCUGCUCUCGCACGUCUGACGGAGGGUCUAGUAGGGCUGUUGGAGGGGAUGCCCUCUUCUUGCUGUAUUUGCAGCGCCCGCUUAGAUAAGUAGUGUAUAUUAUUAUUCGCCAUAGAUGGCCGUUCUCUAGCUAGAAGGCUGCUCCUCAAACAGUGACAGCGAGCAGCUACGUCAAUUAAAUAAAAAUAUUGAAUAAAAUAUGAUAGAUUUAUUAGAAAAUCUAUCAAAUAAAGCUAAUAAGCAGCCAACUAAACAGCCCAGAUGGCAUCCUUAUCGCAUACACGAGCAGCCGAAGCCUGCGUAUGUCGACCCUACUAUGGCGCAGAAGGAGGCGAAUGCAUUAGGCGCGGUCUACCAGCUCGGUGUAGACUCGCGCAAACCAAAGAAGACGAUAGAGAGAAGAACGGUAGAGUAUGCAGGCUCUUUGGCUGCAUGGAACAAAGAGCGUAGAUCAAUAUCGACCGCCUAUCCGAAUCAGUUCCUUAGGCCUGGCUUGGAUCACAUCGUCGAGUUAAGACCACCAGAAGCAUAUAGCAAUCCAGCUACAUCCAUCGCUGCAAAGUUCGUACAGGCGUCAGUCAACAAGAUCAAGUGCUCAAUCAACGUAGUAGCCUGGACACCAGAUGGCAGACGUCUCCUCACUGGUUGUCAUUCCGGCGAAUUCGUACUUUGGAAUGGUCUGACAUUCAACUUCGAAACUAUCUUACAAGCCCAUGAUUCCUCUAUCAGAGCGUUAGCCUAUACCUACUCCGGUGACUGGAUUAUAUCUGCUGACUCUGCCGGUACACUCAAGUAUUUCAACCCUGCGAUGAACAAUGUCGCAGCUUGGCAGGCACACGGUAACAAGGACACUGGUAUGGAUACUGCGAUUAGGGGUGUAGCAGUAUCACCGACUGAUCAACACUUCGUCACUGCGUCUGACGACCAAACACUCAAAGUCUGGGCAUUCGGUGAACGCCGUGAAGAGCGUACUCUAACAGGACACGGUUGGGAUGUCAAGUGUGUGGACUGGCAUCCACAUAAAGGUUUAAUCAUGAGCGGUGGUAAAGACAACCUCGUUAAAUUUUGGGAUCCAAGGAGGGAAUCAGAUUUGACGACAUUACAUGGUCACAAGAAUACAGUACAAACGUGUAGAUUCUCACCCGAUGGUCUCCUUGCCGCUACAGGCUCCCGCGACCAGAGUGUCAGAGUGUUUGACCUUCGCGCGAUGAAAGAUCUCGCGGUAUUGAAAGGUUUCGAAAGAGAGGUCUGCUCACUCGCAUGGCAUCCAAUACACCCUAUGCUUGUUACUGGUACAGCUACGGGUGCGAUGGUAUACCACUCUCUAGCUCAUCCGCAUGAUCCGAAGAGCACGAUCAAUCCGAUAGCAUCUGUCGAUUGGGCACAUGAGUCAAGCGUAUGGUCUAUGGCUUGGCAUCCGCUUGGCCACUUGAUGGCCUCCGGUUCAAACGACUAUACUACACGUUUCUGGGAGCGUGAAAGACCUGGUAGAGCCGUCGGCAGAGACAAAUUCCAUCUCGGUCCAAUGACGGAAGAUGAAGAGAGAGAACUCUUACAGGGACCAACAAUAUCUCCUAACGUAAGCAAGGCAGACGACGAAGAUUUACCUCUUCCUGGUCUCGGAAACACUAAUACAGGAAUCAAAAGUAUAUACGCUGUCGGUCCAAUAGAAGGCCCUCUACCUGGAUUCGAUGGUUAAUAGAAACUUAUUAGAUGGUUGUUUUAUUCAAUGAAUAGAAUGCUAAUAAGCUCAAGUAGUUAUGUAUUUUUAAUAUUUAUUUAAUGAAUGGCUUUUAUAGAUCUAGAUGACAAGUAGAGAUGCGAGUGUUGCUUCCGUUUCAAUUACCUGUAAUCGUCAGUAAAGGUCUUAAUAGUACUCUUUCAAACCUACAUCAAGUGCCUGUUGCACAUGCAAUGUCUUACGUGCUUCAUUAAGCCAGUCUGUGAGAAGUGUUUUUGGCCAUCCUGUCAACUGAUUCAGUUCACGUGCCGCCAUGUCAAGAUUCUUUUGCGACAAGUAGUAGUCUGCGCGUGAUAAUACGGAAGCUACGUCGUUACCUUCAACAAGUCCUUGCUUUUUGAACAACAAAAGUGAAGAAAGGGCGGUUGAAACUGCAAUUGAAAGGGGACCUGCGCCAACUUCAGGAGCUAAUGCAACCUUUCUGACUUUUGGUUCUAUUGAUUGCCUAUACCAAUCUGAGAGAUCACUGACACUCUCAACACCUUGGUCUGGAAUUUUUGAUUGAUCGAGAGACUCUAAGGCUGAUUCAACGACUUUACCACCAGCGGUAUCUUCUUUAGUCUCCUUAGCGAUUUUGACGAGUGCGUCGAGUUCUUUUCUGAAUGGUUUCUUCUCAUCUGAUGAUGUUGUUAAGGAGAGCUUGCCAACGACUGCUCUUUCGAGUGCUCUGUAUGCUGACCAGAGUGUGUGUACUCUGACGUUAUCAUCAACGUAAUCAGCAUUGUCGAAUGUGACCUGCUCGAGAUUCUUCACAUCAUUAGCAAGUGAUUCUAACUUUGCCAAUCUACCACCACGUUCUUGUUCAACUUUGAGCUUGAUAUCGCGCAACCAGCGUCUUUGCAUUUCGACACCUUGGGCAACAACUUGUUCCUUCAAUCUUUGGUUAAUAAUUUCUGAUUGAGUUGCGAGCUCCUCAGAGAGCUUCUUCUUGAAUGAUUCUGCAAUUGACUUGCGCUCAUUAUCGAAUUGCUCUCUCCAGUUUUGUUCAUGAGAGUCAACGCGAGAUUGAAUUUGCUUCUCAUGCUCAACAAGCAUCUUAGAAUACUCUUUAGCUUGUGCAUCGAGGCUUCCCUCGAGUUUCUUCUUCUCUUCUUCUUUGAGUGCCUCGAGGCGUUGUCCAAGAGCUGACAAAUCACCUUGAGCGGAAUUUAUGACGUCUUUGACGGAUCCAGCGGCAUGUGGAGUAUCUUGUAUGAAUUUAGAGAGAUUGUCAAUCGUCUCUGCGAGUUGUGAAACAAUUGGUUCAGAUGCGGAGAGAUCUUUGACUGCUGGAGCAAGCAAUGGGAGUGCCUCAAUUGGCUUCUCUUGUUUUGUGUUCGUUGGUUUUUUUGUAGGAGUUGAUUUCUUUGGCUUUGGUGGGUAGACGUAUCCCUCUGGGAGUGUGUAUCCAAUUGGGAGUGGUGGACCGGUAUAGAUCUUCUUUCCGUCGGCUGUCAAACCACCAGCAUUUGGAUCAUCGACAGCAUCAGCGACCUUAUCGGCGGUCUUUUCAGCGGUCUCUUCAGUCUUGCUGGUGACUUGUUCGACCUUCUCGGCAACCUCCUUUGUCUUCUCGCUGGCAACAUCGACGGUGUCAUUAACGACGUCCUUUGCCUUGUUAACCAAUCCUGAGCCAACGUAUACACCCUCGUCAACACCUUCCUUAGCAGUGUCCUUAAUUUCAUCCUUCUUUACAGCACUCUUGUUGGCGUAUUUGUCAACCAAUUCCUGGAGUCUGGAGUAGGCAUCCUUGCUAGCUUCAGUAGCACGCUUAGUUUGCUCCCUUAUAGCCUCAUAGUCGAUAUUCUCUAGCCUUUCUUUAAAAUGUGCAUCCUCGACGACUUCAAGGACUUGAUGUGCACCUGGGAAAGUAGCUGUAAAGAAUUCUGCAUAUUCUGGAUUAUCUAAAGCAUAAUAUGAGCUACCAGCGUAGAAAAUGCUGGUCAAUAGCGUGGAGGUGAUGAUGAAUCUACGUAUUGGACGAGCAGGCUUUGUUGCAGCUGAAGCGAACUAGAGUAGUCGUAAGUUGUAAGUAAAUCGUCUAUAGAGUUAUAAAGACCCACAGAUCGUGUACCACGCGCGAGUGGUGCGCUAAUUGACC